GAAUCGACUCCUCAAUCCAGUGUAUAUUUUCCAGCGCUAGACAAGUUGAUUUUUCGUCUGUUCGUGCAUCAUCUUAAUUUUGGUUUUAAUUUUUGCAAUAGUGUAAUAUUUUCCAGUUUCAAAUCAAUAUUAACCAAAUAUAAAUAAAAUCGAAAGCUCGAAAUCACCGAACGGAAGUUUGACGAGCGUGAGAGCUAGGAAACGGAAAAUCCCCUGAAGGGUGUGAUUCUGUGUGAAAACCGGAUCGCGAACGCGAAAUUUUCCUCCGGAGUUCUUUCUUGAGUUUUUCUGUGUGGCGCAAAACACGAAAGGUUGUUCCCGGGGAGAAAAGUUUUCUUGAGCUAAAGAGCAGCGGAAAGCAUCGUCGAUAGCUAUACGCGCAUAUAGCGUGUUAAUAUAAUAUAUACAAAAAAUAUAUUGUAGAAGGAAAAAAAAGAGCCACGGGGCGUAGCCUUUGCUGCCCGAACGAGUGAAAUUCCAGGGAGUAAUCUCGAAGUGAGCGCGCGUGUGAUAAGAAAAUCUUCUGGAAAGUAAAAUAGUGUGUUCAAUCCGCCAUUUCCGCCGAUUCCGAUCUGGGACGCGGUGUAGCUCCGAUAGCGAUUGAUAAGAAUUUUCUCCCAUCACGAAGAGUUUUAACUAAGCAAAGUUGUGGAAUUAUGUGUGUUUUUAUUUCUAAAUCUCGAUCCCCUAAGUGAACUGGAUUUUGAUUUUCCUCGCGCGUCGUCUUGUCGUUGUGGCUGUCUCGUCUAUUUCUAUCCCGAAGCACACAUACACCGGAAAACGGUCUCCCGGCAGCAGAAAUAUCCCGCUCCGGACCAGGAAGAAAAAUUUGGCGUUUGGCGUUUUUUUUUCCCGGGAGUGCCCCUCUUCUGAAGGAGAAAAUCCCCUAGAAGUAGGCAGAGAACGAGCGCAGGAAAAAAAACCACAGUAGGGCAAGUGCAGCGAAGCGGAAAGCAAACGCGGAAUCUACUCCACCCUUUUUUCAUUGUCGUUGUCGUCGUCUUCGUCGUUGUCGCCUAAUCAAACCAACAACAACAGCAACCAAACAAAAUAAGACAAAAAAAAAUUAGAGCAAACGGAAGAAUAGUUUAUCGCAAAUUUACACACGAUUGGAGGUGCUCCAGAGCAAGGCAGCAAGACCAGAGAUAUAAAUUUCAAACCCAAGAGAUAACACCAACUAAGUCUAACUAAAGGCGUUUAAGUAUUAUAAAUACAACAGAAACAGCAAACACCUAGCGGAAGGAAUAGGCGACCGUUUUUCCGAUCCCGGAACAAAUGUGCUGAAACAACGCAAAAGAAAAGUCGACAAUUUCCAGAGGAAAAAAAACGGGAAAGGAAGAAAGUGGAAGAGAGCAGAGGCAUAACGGGAUCAUAGGUGAUAAGGAAAUUUUACAUCUUGUAAUCUUUUGGAUGCACUUUCAUGAUAUAAUAAGAUACUAGGGAAGAAAUUAAGACAACAACAAAAACGAGGAAACAUUUUUGAUAUUCGGAUUUGGAUCUCUUUCCUUGGCAAACAACGCGAGUUAUAUACAAGAGGAAAUAAGAAAUUCAAGGAAAAUAAAACAAUAUACAAUAUUUAUAGCGAAAAGAAACAACCGAGAUAAGAAAAGGAUCAAUUGCUUCCUAUUUACAAUAUAAAGAGUAAAAGAAAAACCAAACCUAGCAAAUAAUUAGCAAAGAAAACGACCGACCGACAGACCUACUCUAAACGGCAGAGGACUAAAGAGCGACAUCCCCGAAAGCGAGGGUCUCCAGAAAAUACCCGAAUCUAGCUAAAACGAACAGACAGACAAAGAAGCAGCAAAGGAGAAGAAGCCGCAGCAGCACUUCGUUACCACAAAUCCACCUAACUUUUCAUAGAGCAUCCACAUUCCGCGAAGGAGAUUCCCGAGUUCGUGAGCAAAAAUCUGUGUGUAGCAACGUACGUACCUAUUACCUACUACUAUCCACAGAUCCAACAGCAGCAGCAACAAAACGAAAAUCAAGAGUUAGAUUAACGACAAUCAACAACACUUAGCAUUCAAAGCGCUGAAGCAGCAUCAACCAGCAGCAAACAAAACCAGAAGCAAACCAGGAGUGAAAUUUACCCAAUACCUCUAGAGGUACUACUAAACAGCAACUACUACAACUAGACGAUCCCCCCGAAUUCCAAAAAUCAAAGAGCAAAAACCAAAGGGAAGCUAGCUUUUCCUCGAGAUCCGGUACCACUAACCAGAAGCUACCAGAGUUCGCGUUAUUCAAGCAAAGAGCAAAGCAAAAAUUACCAAUCUUCUUUAUAUUGAAAGAGAAAAUUAACCUAUUAAGAAUUUGCAGAAAUUAUCUUUAAACAAAAAAACCAAAAAAAAUCCUAGCUAGAAUACAGCGAGUGCAUAGCACAACCACAAAAAAAAGAAGUUGAUAGUGAUUUAUCGUCGUUGUUAGACAAAAAGGAAACAAUCCAAGCAACAGCUAAUCCAUCCAAAGUAGUAGCGAAAGCAGCAGAAACUAAAGUAGAGAACGAGAGUAAGCAAAAGAUAAUAUGAUGGCGAACGGACUGGAGACAUCGCAACAGAACGGCCGCUCCGGCUCGAUCGGCAGUGGACAGGAGGACAGCAAGACGAACCUGAUCGUGAACUACCUGCCACAGACGAUGACCCAGGAGGAGGUCAAGUCGCUCUUCUCCAGCAUCGGCGACGUCGAGAGCUGCAAGCUCAUUAGGGAUAAGGUAACCGGUAAGUUUGAAAGACAAAGUCUCGGUUACGGCUUCGUCAACUAUCACCGUCCGGAGGACGCAGAAAAAGCAAUAAACACUUUUAACGGGUUAAGACUACAGAACAAGACGAUCAAGGUGUCGUUUGCGCGACCGAGCUCGGACGCCAUCAAGGGCGCCAACCUGUACGUAUCGGGCCUGUCAAAGAGCAUGACCCAGCAGGAUCUGGAGGCGCUGUUCCAGCCGUACGGACAGAUCAUCACGUCGCGCAUCCUGUGCGACAACAUCACCGGCCUAUCGAAGGGCGUCGGCUUCAUCCGGUUCGAUCAGCGCACCGAGGCCGAACGGGCGAUCCAGCAGCUGAACGGGACGACUCCGAAGGGCGCCUCCGAACCGAUCACGGUCAAGUUCGCCAACAAUCCGAGCAAUAAUAUCAACAAGGCGAUCCCGCCACUCGCUGCCUACCUGACUCCGACGCCAAAUCUGCGACGUUUCCCACCGGGUCCGAUCCAUCCACUGGGCGGACGAUUCAGCCUUCCCUCUAAUUUCAGUCGCUACUCGCCGCUUACCGGAGACCUGGGCACCUCGGUUCUGACCGCCAACGCCAUCAACGGUUCCGGCUGGUGCAUCUUCGUGUACAACCUGGCCCCGGAAACGGAGGAGAACGUCCUGUGGCAGCUGUUCGGACCCUUCGGUGCGGUCCAGAGCGUCAAGGUGAUCAAGGAUCUGCAGACGAACAAGUGCAAGGGCUUCGGCUUCGUCACGAUGACCAACUACGACGAGGCCGUCGUGGCCGUGCAGUCCCUCAACGGAUACACCCUCGGCAACCGGGUCCUGCAGGUCAGCUUCAAGACGAACAGCACCAAGUCCAAGAACAACUAAAAAUGGGAAAAAUUUUAAGUUUCCACUCACUAACUAUCCCUCGAGUGAACAUUGUGUAGCCCGCACAAUCUCGGGUUAUCUCCCAGUCCCACGUGAAAAAGUCAUACAGAAACUCACACAUUAAAUUCACGCAUGAUUCACCAAACCUCUUUGAAAGUUCGACUUAAAACAACACACACCUUGUUCCUUAAUGUCCCGUUGAUCCGUAAAAAUCCAGUUAAGCAAAAAGCCAAAUACCGAAACAAGUAGCGUCUGUGUUCUAUGUUCGCGGUGUCCUAACGGAUGCCUCUUUCAUUAACCUUGGUUAGCAGCAAAAACAGCACGCGCAGAACAAAGGAGACAAAACGCAACAUCAUCGGUUGUGUGUACCCGACAUCCACAUUCCAGCAACCGAACUACGAAGAUGAUGAAGAACAUAGAGGAAAUAUCAACAAACUUGCAACAAAGUGAGAAUCGAAACGAAACGUCAAAUAUCAACUUGAGAAUCGAUUGGAUAUUAUAACAUAAAUUUACGCGAAGAAAAAACUAUACGAAGACGAAGUAAAACAACAGAAAGGUGCAAUAAUAUUUCAAAAAUAUUGUAAAUAGACGAAAAAAUCAACCAAAACAACAAUUUGAUAUUUCCUAAACUAGCGAAACAUUUAACAGAGAAAAAACAAACAAACACAGUCGACUUACUGGUGAAGCAUAGCAUAGCAGAAUCAUUUAAGCAAACAGCUACACGGAGAAACAACAACAACAAAAACUCUUAAAAAAUUCAUUGUUAUUAGCUUUUGUCUUUGGGGACUCCCCGUGGCCACCGUGUUUGACAAGUUAUCCUUCGUUUGACGCCGGCAGCCAUCCGGUGGACUGACUGUUCAAUGCCCGCGCAGCUCCCAGCCGAUCAAAACAAAACACUUUAAAUUUAGCUAAUUUUACCAAACAAAAAAAAAACAAAACAAACGCUCAAUGUUUACCGACACAAGCGCGGCGAAAACGAGGGAAGGGUGAGGUAGCAAGAAAGUACGCAGAAGACGAAAACCUAUUAAAACAAAUAUAAAUGUGCAAUAAUGUAUUAGAAAGGUACUCUAUAUUAAAUAAAUAUUAGCGAAAUUGAAAAUAACUAAAGAGAAAAAAAAACGGCGACGCGGAUACACGAAUUCGGUUGGACUGGGAACACUGCCGGGCGAUUUCCACCGGUCCACCCGGAGCGGUGCUUGUGUGCCAUUUGUUUACCACUGGAAGCCACGAAGCCCCGGGCAAAAGCUGAAUGAUCUCGUAACUAAAAUUGAUUCUAAUCUAAUGAUGAAAGAAAAAAAAAACAAAUGAAAUAUUAUUAUUUAUGUACUCAUUUAUAUUCUUAAAUGUUUCAAUAUGUCAAGAAGAAAACAAACAAAAAAUCAUAAACAACGCGUAACUUGUAAGGAAGAAAGUGAUGGAAGGGAAGUGAAAUAAGUUCUCAUUUGAUUAACCUUAUAAUUAAACAUAUAUAUUUAUUAAAAACGCUAAUUUAUUGAAUCGAUAUAUACACACUUAAUGCAAUACGGUAAAAAUAAACGCUAAUUAUCAAUGGAUUUUUGAAUUUUAAAACUCACAACCUCUUAUUAACAUGGAGAAGAAGAAAAAAACGAGCAAACAUAACUUUUGAGUAUAUUCUCCCUAUCUCUCUCUGUAUUCCAUUAGUACCUACUUAUUCACAGUCUCACACACGUGCAAACCUUAUAAUCUCACUUCGUUAGCCGUGUAAUUUUUAAUCGAAUCUCUCUCUAUUGCUACCGAAUGGCACACCCGAAAUAAGUAAUGGCAAGCACCUUUUCCUCGAUCUCGAUCUGUAUGUAAAUCGUUUCGCUAUUUCAUACCCCCUAAACGAGUUCAAUCAACUUUCGAACAUUUUCUUCUCAAUACACCCAAGAAAAAAAUAGGUAAUCGAACAAUCGAAAACCGGAAAAUGUUCACAACAACACGCAGAGAAAAGUUUUUUCCUAAAAGAAGGCAAACGAAAAGGAAAGGGUCGUCACCAGGACAACCAAAUUUCGGGUCUAAGCAAUGGUGGUUAUUGGGAUUGGGCCUGCUAAAAAGAAUAAAGCCUGCUCUUUACUCUUACACAGAUUUCCAUAAGAAUGACAGCUAAUCGGAGUGAAAUUGGAGUGAAGGCUGUUUCUCUCUCUGUUUAACACACGAGAAAUCGUAUACCGGGACUGCGAGCGCGCCCAUCGCCCAUUGACACCAGAAAAAACGGAGAGUCACACACCAAUACACACAAAUUCUCAGCAAACGCUUUCAGAAACCCAUUCUAGUCACCGAUUGUUUAUUUUUUAUCAAACCUUUUUUAAUUAGGUGUUAAUUUUUCUUCCUGUGUGUUUUGGUUUGCAAACCACAAAAGGUGACGCGUUUUGUUUUGUGGAACCUUUGACAGCAAGCAAGCAUUCAAAAGCACAAAUACAAGGGCGCGGUUGCCCAUCGGGAAACCGUGUUGCCAGAAGCGCAAGCUAUCUCGAUAAAUGAAAUUGUACCGUACUGCAAAACUAAUUUUUAGUGUUAUGUUAAUAGUGUUUAAGCAGCAUGCAGAAUAAAAAAGAAAGAAGAAAAAAAAACACAAAUUUUCCGUGGUUCGUACUUGUUUUUAACGUAAAAAAAUGAAUUAAGCAAAUUUGACGUGUACCAAUUAAAUAUUCGAAAAAAAUACUAAAAAAAUGUUGGUAGUGAAAUUUUACUUCAGUGGGUUUUUCUCUCCUCCUCUUAUAUCAAUGUUUAUAUUCGUGAUUAAUUUCUUAAACUAAAUUUAUAUUAGUGGAACUAAGUUAAGGAAUUAUACAGACUAAUCGAAUCAAUCCCCAUUGCGCUUGAAAAAGAAGAAAAUAAUAAAUGAAGAGGAAAAACUUGAAACAUUCCGAAGAAAAAAGGGUGGACGAAUAGGAGAAUCAGUAAUUGCCGCUUAUUCCGACACUAUCUCUGUUCCUUUCUAAAUUCUGACAACGGAAGUAACUAAAUCAAUUCACCUAAAAUUGAGCAUGACUCAAAAAAAAAAGCGAAAAUUGAGAAUCACACACAAGUAUUAGCAAACUAAAGCAAAUCUAGUUGGAAAAUGGUUGGAUGAGCAAUGAUUUUAUUCGCGAAUAAAACUAUUUUCCUCCAUUUUAGUCAAAAUUUUAUUGAUUAGAUAUAUUCAUAUAAUUAUUCGAAUCCAAGGCAAAGAAAGUCAGCGGUAUAUAUGUUAAGAAAAAAAAGUAAAUUAUCAAUGCAUUUAUGUCAUCAUUAAUAAUAUGUAUUCCAAUAAACAAAAGAGAAAAUGACACGUAGUAGAAAUGAUCAGCAUUUGUAAUUGUUUUGACAGAUCGCGUUUGUUUACAAUAGAACCGUUCAGGGUGAAGGAGUGCUCAACACUCCAACAGACAUGAGUCGCAUAGCAACCAACAAUCAAUCAGGAUCGCCUGCAGAUGUCGGUCAGGGUCUUACCAUCGCACCGAUUUGGAUUUGCUUCACUGAAACUGGACGGUGAAUCACAUACUCUUCUAAUUUGCUUAGAUUGCAUACACUCAUUUAAGGAAGGAAUGAAGCAUUUUGUCAAGAAUUGGAAAUAAACGGGGAAAAAUGUCGCAAAACAAAAGGAGCAGAAGCAAAAUAUUCAAAAGCAAAUCUAUGAUGAUAUGUAUCCACACGCGCAAACAAAACGAUUAGUUCAAUAAUGUGUAUGUGUAAUAAUUUAAAACAGCAUAGCCUACUGUUCGGGUAUCAUACAGAAACACACAAUAAUUUAACCUUUCUUUCCUAACUUAUCUUACGCACACAAAAAAAAAAAGAAGAACCACAGUGACACAAAACCAAAAACACAAACAACACACGCAAAAGCAAAAAAAAAAACAAACAAAACAAGGUGAGCAAACUCGUCAUUAGUAUUGAUAUUGAAUUUUAUGUAUUCAAAGGUAAAAAGAAAAUAAAGAAAAUUAUAAAAUACAUGUUAUAUUUGCAUAUUAUUAUAAAAAAAACUAUUCUAUUAUCAUUCAUAACGAAAAGAAAACAAGAAAAAACCAUAGCGAGAACAAGAAGAGGAAGAACCUAUUUCAAAUUUAUCACACUAAUUUUCCAACGAUAACCAUUUUUCCCUGAGCUGUAAGCAGUCGUGUAACUGUCUCCAUUUACAGGAAAGUAAUUAAAACUCAACCCAAACAACAACAAAAAAACAUUUUUACGAAACCCUAUACGCGCGAGUUAGCCAUCAAAUAAAACUGUUGUUUUUUACACUAGACUUGAGAAAGUAAACGCAACCCUAACGACAAACAAAAAAAAAUGAAACAAACAAAAGCAAAUAAUCCCGAACAGCAAACAAAAGUUAAAAAGUUGGAAAACAAUGAGACUGGAUGUAAAAGUUUUUAAAAAACUCACUGAUAAGAAGAAAGAAUUUGUAUUCAGCAUGUACACGAAAUGACAGAGCAGCAGCAGCAUAUACGGGGAAAAGAUAGUGAAAGCAAAACAAAACCACAACCAAAAAGAUAACUGAAACACUUCCAGCAGAACAGGACUGUCAAAAGAAAACACAGGUAAACAAAAGAAUAGAAACAAAACCCGGACAAGAAAGCACAACAACAGCACCGAGAAAUCUCUAGUGUGUUGAGGAAAAAGCGCAGAGCAAAUGUUUGAGGCAAGAACAAUAUAUUCUUUGCGGCUGAAAGAGAGCAAACUAGCCGAAACGUCAACGAAUACAACGAGCAAAACAAAAGAACAAAGCAAAAACUUAACCGAAAAAAAACAAACAAAACAAAAUUUGUUACAUUGUGCAAACAAGAGAAAAAACCGAAACCACAAUAAACUGUCAUUUUACACUUCAGUCCAUUGUGUGUAUGCAUGCGUCUGUGAACGAGCAAAAGAGAGAAACACCAAGAAGAUAAGACGAUUUUUAAAACCGAACGACAUUGAAUUGACCAUUUCCCUCUUUGACAGUUCAAGAGCGAGUAUCCCAGCCAGACGAUGAGUUAGUUUUAUCCAGUUCUUGGUUUUACGCACACGUUUACUUUUUCUCCGAGAUAGAUAACGCAAAACCAGAAACAAUAGAGAAGACUAAAAACACGUCAAAACCCAGAUGAUACGAAUCUCCCGUAUGACAAAACAAUAGAAACAUCUAUACAAAUUCAAUCUCCAUCCAAGUUAGCCAGAUGAUGAUGACAUUUAACUGAUAAAUUCAAGUUACAACAACUAUCAAUCAGCCAGCUUACGGUGUGCAUGAUGAUUGAACGCUAACCAGUCACACGACACCAUGUUUGACAGCUUUAAGCCUACUUACUUAGAGAGUGUUGGAUCAAUCAGAAGAAAAUGUAGCGCUGCGCGCUGUAGGAAAAUUUGUCGCUCCGUAAUAAAUACGCUUAUUUAGAUUCGAAAACAAGUUAUACUCUUCCCUCGAAAGAAAAGAAAACAAAACAUAACAGUACUAUUGAUGAAAACUCCCCCCUCCAAAAUACUCAUUCAUGAACCACUACAACACAAUGACACUUUCCCUUUCCUAGCGCAUCAUCUAGCAUGUGUAAAAUGUCAAGCAUCGGUCUAAAGCCGCCAAUUAGUUCGGAAAAUGUCAAUCAAUCACAGCGGAAACAAAACAAUAAACAACAACCAUAGAAAAAAAAAUCAUGAACGGAAUAAAACAAAACCAAAAUCCACAGAACUCUAGCUGAAAAACAAACAGUACUAUUUAGCGUCGUUUUUUGUAGCCACUCAUCCAAAUAGCAGAGAAGAAACAAGCCCGCAGAAUUCAAGCAUAUAUGCAUUAACGACAAUUCUAUAGUGAAAUUUAAAUUUUUUGACAGAAACAUAACAAACCGAAGGAAGAAGAGAAGAGAUUAAAAGAAGAAACAAACAAACAAAAACAUUUCUUGAUUUCCAACUACACACUCUAUAUUCAAAUGGACAGGAAGGAAGAACGGUUCGAACGGAAAUAGAAAGCAGAAGCAGCAAAGAAAUAUGUAAUAAUUAAAGAUUAACAAAAAAAAUAAAUAUUAUCAGUAUUCAAAAUCCCCAAAUUAAUGGAAAAGUAAGCUACAAAACCUAUUUAAUUGAUUUUUAUGUCAUUUUAGAAAAAGAGGAAAACGGUAAUAAAAGCAAAUAAAACCAGUUUAAAAACAA